AUGGUGCACACUAGUAAUGAUGGUAAUAAUGCCACGACUUCCGUCCCUGAGUCUACAAGUCCUCUUUUCAUCCACUCUUCUGAUAUUCCUGGUACAUGCCUUGUUAGUACUCCAUUUUCUGGGUCUGGUUAUGGGGGUUGGAAGAGAGGUAUGACAAUGUCUCUCUCUGCUAAAAAUAAGAUUGGACUUGUGGACGGUUCAUGUCCUAAACCAUCUUCCAAUGAUAAUCCGGCUAAGAUUCGUCAAUGGGAUAGAGUCAACAAUAUGUACUCAGACACUGCUAAGAGUAUAUGGAAACAAUUGGAGCGUCGAUAUGGAACUGUAAAUAGAACUAAAAUAUUUGAAAUAAAAAAGGAAUUGGAUUCUAUACAGCAGGGUUCUCUUGAUAUUACUUCCUAUUUUAACAAACUUAAAAAGUCUUGGGAUGAACUGGGGGCAAUGCGUAAGAGUCAUGGAAAGGAAUGCACUUGUGCUGCUAAAUCUGGGAUUGAAAAAGAUGAUGAGGAGAAUAAACUUUACCAAUUUCUCAUGGGUUUGAAUGACGUAUACGUGGGUGUUAGAAGUAAUCUGCUUAUGAUGCAUCCUCUCCCUUCUCUUGAUGAUGCUUAUAAUAUUCUUCUCCAAGAUGAGAACCAACGACAAGUGCACUUCACCCCUAUGCUGAAUCCUGAUUCUGACUCUUUUAAUGCAAAUCUCAAUACUAAACCAAACUUCAACGCUAGAUCACCACAGCCUCCCUAUCAACCACCUAUUCCACCUAGGCAAUAUAAUCAGAAGGUCGACUUCAAUAUUACUUGUCGGUAUUGCAAGAAACCUGGUCAUACAAUUGAUAGGUGCUAUAAACUCCAUGGUUAUCCACAAAACCAUAAGUUUUUUAAAGGGAGAAAGGUGGCUGCAAAUGUGAGUGGUGAUGUUGAGCCUCCAGAUCCUCUUCAGAGAUGGGGUUAG